AUGUCUGAAUCUAACAAUAUGCAUGUUUCUGGGGAUGGUGCCAAACAGUCGGUAUACACUGAGAAGAAACGCGUGAAAGUCUAUGUGUUGGAAAAUAACGAGUGGAAGGAUACUGGGACAGGGUUUUGUCAGGGGACAGUGGAAGAGCGUACUAUAGAUGACACUCAGACUGCAGAGAAAAUGGCGUAUCUUUUGGUGGUCGAUGAAGACUCCGAUGACCAGGUCUUACUUAAGUCCAGGCUCGAACAAAACAUCGAAUACCAGCGUCAAGAGGAAACUCUUAUUGUCUGGAAGGAUCUGAAUGGUCAGGAUAUAGCUUUAUCCUUUGAAGAAAGCAUUGGAUGCGAUUCUUUAUGUGAAUAUAUUUGCUUUGUACAGAAAAACAUUGAAAGCCGCAUCUCUUUGGUAGCUGUAAGAUCGACAGAUGAUGGAAUCGGGUCUGUUCAUGAGAUAAUAACAGGACCGGUCAAUCUUCCCUCAAAUGUACCAAACCAGACAGAAGAAUCCCUUUUAGAAGCAUUGAAAAUUCUAAACGAAAACACGUCAUUUGAUUAUCUGCGAAAUGAGACAAUUCAAUUUGUUAUCAACGAUCACUAUUUAGCAACACUAAUCAGAUCAUUCUAUCAGUCAGAAGAAUCUAAACUAUAUCGAAAUUUAUUAUUAUUGAGCAACAUUGUGAAAACUCUAAUAUUGUUCAACAGCAAGGAGAUUUUGGAAGAGAUGAUCAAUGAUGAAAACUUUUUAUGCGUUUGCGGUAUAUUGGAAUAUGAUACUGAAUUUCCAAACUCAAAACUUAACCAUAGACAAUAUUUGAAAGAUAAGGAGCCAAAUUUCAAGGAAAUGAUUCCCAUCUCAGAUCCAACGAUCAAAUUAAUGAUUACGCAAAAUUUUAGGCUUCAAUUUUUGAAAGAUGUGGUUCUAGUUAGAUUUUUGGAUGAUCAAUCUUUCACCUUCAUAUCUGACCUAAUGUUGUCAUACCAGAAUUCCAUAAUAGAUUUCCUACAGGAGGAUAGCAACAAUUUUAUUAAUCAAGUCAUCUCGAUGUAUAAAGUUGAGGAGGAUUCAACCGUCACCCCAGAUAAAAGAAGGGACGGUAUAAAACUAUUACAUGAAUGCAUCCAACUUUCCCAAAACCUAAAUUCAAUAGAAAAAACCCUUUUCUACAAAUUUUUAAUCAAGAAAGGGUUGUUCCAAGUCAUCCAAUUUGCAUUCAACAUGGAAACUAAUAACGAUAUUCGAAUCCUUGCAACGGAUAUAGUUGUGGGGCUCAUUGAACACGAUAUCCAACUAAUCCAAAGUGUGCAAAGUGACGAAGUCACCUUAUUGAAUGACGAGAAUUCAGAUAUUGAUUCUACAGAUAUGUCUCUUUUACUUAUAUUGACCAAGAUCCUGCUCACUGAUAAGAGUCCGGGAUUGAAGGAACAGUCCUUCCAAGCACUUGUAAGUUUAUUAGAUCCUGAAGACUAUAUUGUAGAUGACUAUCAAAACCAUGAUGACAAUAUCGACACACGAAUUGAUAACAUGCUUCAAAUUCAGAAUGGCAAAAAUCAUGAUGGAUUAGACGGUGAACGAAAUCACGAGAAAUUUCAGCUAGCUGAGUACUUGCAAUGUUUCUAUAGACAAGUUGCGCCCUCCCUUUUCCAUUGCUUCAUCGAUGGAUCUGUUAAUCUCUAUGAAUGUGAUCAACAGUUACUCAUAAAACUUGUGAAACUUCUCAAUCUCAUGAUUCAAGGUCAUGAGGCAUCAAUAUCUAGACGAUUUAUUCUCGAGAAUGGAAUUUUGAUCAGGCUUAUAUCACUUGCUUCAAGCGAUUAUAUCCUUCAAUUAAGGCUUGCUGCAGUGCGUUGUUUCAAAAACAUCGUAUUUUUAAAUGACGACUUCUAUCUUCGAUAUCUUAUUGGUAAGAAUCUCUUCGAUCCAAUAUUUGAAGUUUUUAAGGAAAAUUUGAACGAAGAUAAUAUGGCUAAUUCUACAAUUUUAGAUUUCUUAAAGUCGUUAAACACUCAAUUAAAAGUGGUUGAGCAGGAAGAUAUUCCGCUUUCCGGUAGUAAAAGUUCAAGGAAUUUCAUGCUGUUGAAUAAGUACAUCUGCGGUAGAUAUGGUGAUAUAUUACUGAAGGCAGAUUACGUUUCUUUCACAAGAGAAAUGAUGGCUAUUUAUCAUGAGGAAACCCAAAAGCUUGCUAGUUUAUCAACAACGGAAACUAGCUUUGAUGAAAAUGAUAAUACUACACUGGAAGUUGAAGUAUGA